AUGGGAGUGUCCGCCGGCGAUGACGACGUCGUUCAAAUCCAGCAACCCAACAAGCCCGGCGACCCUUUCGUCAUCACCGUCAAUUGCCCCGACAAGACCGGCCUCGCUUGCGAUGUCUGCGGUAUCAUUCUGGAUUUCGGUCUCUGCAUUUCCAAAGGAGAUGUUUCAACCGAUGGCGUGUGGUGUUACAUUGUGUUUUGGGUUAUUCCACACUCCGUGUUGCUUCCUAUGGAUUCUUCUUAUCAGAUUCUCAAAGAACGACUUCAGGGAAUUUGCCCGUCUUGUUUAGCCUCCUUUUAUUUCAUCCAGCACCCUUCCAGAUCUUCUCCUGUCUAUCUGUUGAAGUUCUGUUGCCUUGAUCGAAAGGGAUUGUUGCACGAUGUAACAAAAGUGCUCUCGGAGCUUGAACUUACCAUUCAAAAGGUGAAAGUGACCACAACCCCGGAUGGUAGAGUGUUGGACCUCUUUUUCGUAACAGAUAACAAGGAACUUUUACACACGAGAAAACGACAAGAUGAGACAUGUGAAAGAUUGAAUGCUGUUCUGCGAGACUCAUGUAUCAGCUGUGAACUUCAAUUGGCAGGUCCAGAGUAUGAAUAUAAUCAGGGUAUUUCUUCUCUGUCUCCUGUGUUAGCUGAGGAGUUAUUUCGAUGUGAGUUAUCAGAUAAUGAAGUUCGUUCUCAAGCUCUUAGCCCUGAUAUGACAAAGUUGAAGAAAACCAAUGUAACACUAGACAAUUCCUUAAGCCCGGCUCACACGCUAGUUCAAAUACGAUGUGCUGAUCACAAGGGUCUUCUUUAUGACAUUAUGAGAACAUUGAAAGACAUGAAUAUAAAGAUUUCAUAUGGCCGAUUUUCACCCAAUUCCAUGGGAUAUCGUGAGUUAGAUAUAUUCAUUCAGCAGAAAGAUGGGAAAAAGAUUUUGGAUCUGGAGAAGCAGAGUGCACUAUGCUCUCGUUUAAAACUGGAAAUGCUUCAUCCGUUGCGAGUAAUCAUUGCCAACCGAGGACCAGAUACUGAACUUUUGGUCGCUAAUCCAGUUGAGCUGUCUGGAAAAGGAAGACCUCGAGUUUUUUAUGAUGUCACAUUUGCUCUCAAAACACUAGGAAUUUGUGUUUUCUCGGCUGAAGUAGGAAGGCAUUCAACUUCAGAGCGUGAAUGGGAGGUGUACAGAUUUCUCUUGGAUGAGAACUGUGAGUUUCAGUUAACAGGUGUUGCUGUAAGAAAUAAGAUUGUAAAUAAGGUUAGAAGAACAUUAAUGGGUUGGUAA